GGGCGCGGGGCGGAAAGGGGGCGCGCGCCCAGAGGAGGGCAAACGCGACCCAGGCUCCGCGCGAGGGUCGCCCCUGGGAAACGCGGUAUUGGGGAGGGGCCGCUCUCUACCCCCCUCCUCCCGUUUCACCCCAAAGAAAGACUCUAGCCCUCUCCAGACCCAAAUAGCACUCUCCUCCACAAUGACUGUCACUCUUUGAGGUAAAGAACGACCACCAGGGGUGGUUUCAGCAAUGGCCCCAUCCCGAUUUCUGGCCCAGGUCGGUUGUCAUGGUAACUCCUCCCAUUUUGGAACACCCUUAGCCUCCCCUCCCUUCCACCUUUGUGGUUAUGGAGCUCCAACUCUCUCCUGGCCCUGCACCAGGAAGAGGUUGCUAAGGUAACCCAAGUCCCUGGUGGUCCUUAUGCUCCUACCCUCAUCGGUUACUAUGGCAACCUCACCUAGCACUCAGGUAGAAAGGACCCCAGCCCCAAGGACACUGCUGAGGGAAGCAGCUCUUUCCCAGCCCCUCCCCCCAGCCACCCAGUUGGCAUUACCAUGGUAACCAUCUCCCCCUUUCCCAUCGUGGGAGGUCUGUGGACCAAACCAACCAGGUGUUUUUAUUUAGAGGAGAUGCUCUGCUGAGAAGUAGUUGCUAUGGUUACAAGGCCUGGACCAUCCCCAGAGAGCGGUGCAGCUGAGCUGGGCUGGAACCGCCCCCCCGAAGCUCCCUCAUCCUGCAACCUAAGAGGAUACCCCGGAAGCCCAGCUAGGGCCUGACUUCAGCCCCAUGCGGCUCACCCGCUGCCAGGCUGCCCUGGCAGCCGCCAUCACCCUCAACCUUCUGGUCCUGUUCUACGUCUCAUGGCUGCAUCACCAGCCCAGGGGCUCCCGGACCAGGGGCUCCCGCCGUGGAUCCGCAUCUGGCCCCCGCGUCACCAUCUUGGUGCGCGAGUUUGAGGCCUUUGACAACGCAGUACCUGAGCUGGUGGACUCUUUCCUGCAGCAAGAGCCUGCCCAGCCAGUGGUAGUGGUGGCCGACGCGCUCCCCUACCCGCCCCUGGCCCUGCCGCGCAUCCCCAACGUUCGCCUGGCGCUGCUCCAGCCCGCCCUGGACCGACCCGCCGCAGCCUCCCGCCCGGAGACCUACGUGGCCACCGAGUACGUGGCCCUGGUGCCCGACGGGGCGAGGGCCGAGGCACCAGGCCAGCUGGAGCGCAUGGUCGAGGUGCUCCGAGCGGGCGGCGCACGCCUGGUGGCCGCUCCCGUCGCUUCGGCCAACCCGGCCCGGUGCCUGGCCCUGAACGUCAGUCUGCGGGAGUGGACCGCCCGCUACGGCCCAGCACCCUCCGCACCGCGCUGCGACGCCCUGGACGGGGACACCGUGGUGCUCCUGCGCUCCCGCGACCUCUUCAAUCUCUCGGCGCCCUUGGCGCGGCCCGUGGGCACCGGCCUCUUCCUGCAGACCGCCCUCCGCGGUUGGACGGUGCAAAUGCUGGACCUGCCCUUCGGGGCGGCGCGCCAGCCUCCGCUGGCCACGGCCCAUGCGCGCUGGAAGGCGGAGCGCGAAGGGCGCGCACGACGGGCGGCGCUGCUGCGGGCGCUGGGCAUCCGCCUGGUGAGCUGGGAGGGCGGGCGGCUCGAAUGGUUCGGAUGCAACAAGGAGACCCCGCGCUGCUUCGGGACGGUGGUGGGCGACACGCCGGCCUACCUGUACGAGGAGCGCUGGACGCCCCCGUGCUGCCUGCGCGCGCUGCGCGAGACGGCCCGCUACGUGGUGGGCGUGCUGGAGGCGGCCGGCGUGCGCUACUGGCUGGAGGGCGGCUCGCUGCUGGGGGCGGCCCGCCACGGGGACAUCAUCCCGUGGGACUACGACGUGGACCUGGGCAUCUACCUGGAGGACGUGGGCAACUGCGAGCAGCUGCGGGGCGCCGAGGCAGGCUCGGUGGUGGACGAGCGCGGCUUUGUGUGGGAGAAGGCGGUGGAGGGCGACUUCUUCCGCGUGCAGUACAGCGAGAGCAACCACCUACACGUGGACCUGUGGCCCUUCUACCCCCGAAACGGGGUCAUGACCAAGGACACGUGGCUGGACCACCGGCAGGAUGUCGAGUUCCCCGAACACUUCCUGCAACCUCUGGUGCCCCUGCCCUUUGCCGGCUUCGUGGCGCAGGCGCCCAACAACUACCGCCGUUUCCUGGAGCUCAAGUUUGGCCCCGGGGUCAUCGAGAACCCCGAAUACCCCAACCCGGCGCUCCUGAGUUUGGGGGGAAGCAGUUGAAGCUGCCGCGCCUGCUCCUGGCGUGCGGAGAACAUUCGGGCACAGGGCGCUGUCCUCUGCUUCGUGCAGCUGGCGUUCGGUGGGCGGGCCAGGGAUGCGAAACCGCCCAGCCCCGGAUGUCAAGGAUGCGCCCUACCCAGGAGUUCCAGAACCGGGGCUCCGGGGCUGGGACAGAGUUUUGGAAAGAGAAGGAUAGUGAAUGUAGGUUCUGGGGCCAGAUGGUCCUGUUGCAGUUUUUCUGUGCCUCGGGUUUCCUUCGGUACUCCGAGUGAACCCUCGGGGUCUAGCGCAGAGCCCAGGGCACUUGGCUGUUGGGUUGCUCUCGCCACUAGAGGGCGCCCUUGUCCUACCUUGGGGCCAAGGCGAGUGUACGCUCAGAACCUGUGUUCCACCAGCUUUCAGAUUUCUUGAGCCUUUGGUCUUCUGUCCGGUCUCUUGCGCCUGACUGCACAGGAUAACAAAUCCGCUCCCCACUACCCGCCCUCCCUUUUUUUUUUUCCUCAGAAAAUGACCUCCUUCCCUCCUGGACGAGCCCUGGGGGGUGCAUGCUGCUAUUCACCCCAUCUUGCAGAGAAGGAAGCAGGCUCAGAGCUCAGAGGUGCAGAUAUGGUUCUGGAUCCCAGCCCCAGGCCCCUGAACUGUGUUACCUCAUUAUUUUAGCUCCCUGCACCUGUUCGCCCACUCGCAAGGCAGGGUGAACAGUCCUCAUAGCUCACAUUUACUGAGCACUUACUGUAUAUCAGGCUUUGUUCUCAGCAUUUCACACAGAGUAACUGACUUAUCCCUCACCUCCACCGUCUAAGGUGGGAGCUGCUAUUAUUUUGAUUUUACAGAGGAGGAAACUGAUAAAGUCACUUGUCCAAGGUCAGACAGCUUGGGAAGUGUCAGAGUAGGGGACUUGAACCCAGGCUGUCAGUCUGGAGACUUCACUGCCGUUGCCCACAUCGUCUUUGCGGAUGUGGUACCCCAAGGUGGGGGCUUGGGGAAGCCAAACCACUUAGCAGGUCUUACGGUGGCAGCCUUCCUCUGGUGAUCAGGCACCUCAGAGGAAAUCCUUUUUGGGCAUGUACCUCCAAUAUGUGUAUUUAUUGCUAAAUUAUAUCCAGGCACUAGUGGCGUUCUGUAUAUUAGUAAUACAGCUCAAAUUAUUACAUUUUAAAAUUAAAAAAUAAAUAGGGCUUUGUUGACCAGCCUUAUCUCAAUGACAUGUCCUGCACACCCCUUGAAUAUGUGCUCUUGGCUUUGAGAGCACAGGCUCUGAAAAGGGAGAGGCCUGGGUUCAAAUCCAAGGACUGCUGCUUGCUCCCACUAUGAACUUGGGCCACAAGGGACUCUGCUUCCCUGCACCUCACUAUGCACCUGAGAAAUAGGUAACGGUGAUCCUUGACCCACAGGAGUAAAGGGGUUGUGAGUCAGGACCAAGUGUGUCUCUUGUCUUUCUUUGUGACCUUAGGCAAGUCACUGCUUCUCUGAUCGGGUGGAGGGAUUGGUGAUCUUGCAGAAGUGUGAAGCCCGUGGAGGAGAAAGCUUCACCAGCAAGAGAAGAUAAAUGCCACUUAGGGCCAGUCUCCAGAGGCUCAGACAUCCCAAGCCUGACUUCUUAUAAUGCAGCCUCUGUUUCUAACCACUGAACCUGCCAACUGCUGGCAAUCUGUUGGGUUCCCAGGGAACAUCCUGGAAGCUUAAGGGGAUGAUUCAGGUUAUCGGUGCGGCUGGACAGUGUUCUUGGCUCUCUGCGCAGUCCAGGGAAACGUCUUGUAUGCAGGGCACCUGCACACAACGAAGCAGGGGCCCUCGUCACAUACUGUCCCAAACGUCCCACCAGGCAUUCAUGGAGGCCUGGUGAUAUUCAAAAUAUUUUGCAACUGGUAUGGUAAUAUAAAUAUAUAAAUCAACAUAUGCAUCACAUUUUUACAAUAUUUUCUAAUUCUACAAAUGAUAAAAAUUAUCUAUAUAUCCAUACUUCUUGUUGCCAAGAACCUAACUUGAAGCUCAAAUCACUUAAGUUAUUGUAAUGUUUUGUUUCAUUUAGAAAUUGUUAGUGUGACUUCUUGAUCAACACAGCUGUAUAUGCAUAUAUAUACAUAAAAUAUAUGUACAGAUAUAUAUUUAAAACAACCUUUUCUUAGCUGUGGUUUGAGAAGGGAACCACAUCAGAUGCUUCUAGCAACUUUCCAUUAAAUGAGAAUCAUUCGAAACUUGAAAUCUCAGUAGAUAAAGAAUUUCUCUUAGACUCAAACUAGUGUGUUGGUAUUUUUUUUCGAACUGUUUGCAGUUCCUGAACUAACAGCAAUUACAUUUGAGACUUUUCUAGUCCUUAAAAUAUUGUGUAAUCACUUUGUCUGUUCAAUAUCUUUAUUAUCAACUAAGUAAUGGGAUGACAGAAAACCCAUCACAACAACUAACUUGAACUAA